CUUCCGGAAUCGACCGGCUUGCCUGAGUGCCCGCGCCACCCGCUACCAUGAACGAGGAGGCCAUCUGCAGCGCCCUGCCCACCAUCCCGUACCACAAGCUCGCCGACUUGCGCUACCUGAGCCGCGGCGCGUCCGGCACCGUGUCUUCUGCCCGCCACGCAGACUGGCGCGUUCAGGUGGCCGUGAAACACCUGCACAUUCACACCCCGCUGCUCGACAGUGAAAGAAAUGAUGUCUUAAGAGAAGCUGAAAUUUUACACAAAGCUAGAUUUAGUUACAUUCUUCCAAUUUUGGGAAUUUGCAAUGAGCCUGAAUUUUUGGGAAUAGUUACUGAAUACAUGCCAAAUGGGUCAUUAAAUGAACUCCUACAUAGGAAAAAUGAAUAUCCUGAUGUUCCUUGGCCAUUAAGAUUUCGUAUUCUGCAAGAAAUUGCACUAGGUGUAAAUUACCUGCACAAUAUGAAUCCUCCUCUACUUCAUCAUGACCUGAAGACUCAGAAUAUCUUAUUGGAUAAUGAAUUUCAUGUUAAGAUUGCAGAUUUUGGUUUAUCAAAAUGGCGCAUGAUGUCCCUCUCACAAUCACGAAAUAGUAAAUCUGCACCAGAAGGAGGGACAAUUAUCUAUAUGCCACCUGAAAACUAUGAACCUGGACAAAAAUCAAGGGCUACUAUCAAGCAUGAUAUAUAUAGCUAUGCAGUUAUCACAUGGGAAGUCUUAUCUAGAAAACAGCCUUUUGAAGAAGUCACCAAUCCUUUGCAGAUUAUGUAUAGUGUGUCACAAGGACAUCGACCUGACACUAAUGAAGAAAGUUUGCCAUUUGAUAUACCUCAUCGAGCACUUAUGAUCUCUCUAAUAGAAAGUGGAUGGGCGCAAAAUCCAGAUGAAAGACCGUCUUUCUUAAAAUGUUUAAUAGAACUUGAACCAGUUCUGAAAACAUUUGAAGAGAUAACUUUUCUUGAAGCUGUUAUUCAACUAAAGAAAACAAAGAGUGCUUCAAGUACCAUUCACUUAUGUGACAAGAAGAAAAUGGAGUUAUCUCCGAACAUACCUGUAAAUUAUGGUCCGCAGGAGGAAUCAUGUGGAUCCUCUCAGCUCCAUAAAACUAGUGUUUCUCCUGGAACUUCAAGGUCCCUGUCAGCUCCUCAAGACAAUGAUUUUUUAUCUAGAAAAACUCAAGACUUUUCUGUGAUGCAUCAAUGUCCAGUAAAUCACAGUUGUGACAGUAACAUUUCUGUGGCUCAAAGAGCAACAUUCUGUGAUCACAGGGCUGCUCCAUGCUCUUUAGCAAUAAUAAAUCCACUCUCAGCUGAGGGAAAUUCAGAGCGAUUUCAGCCUGGUAUAACCCAACAGUGGAUCCAGAGUAAAAGGGAAGAUAUUGUGAACCAAAUGACUGAAGCCUGCCUUAAUCAAUCUCUAGAUGCCCUCCUGUCCAGGGAUUUGAUCAUGAAGGAGGACUAUGAACUCAUUAGUACCAAACCUACAAGGACCUCAAAAGUCAGACAAUUAUUGGAUACUAGUGACAUCCAAGGAGAAGAAUUUGCCAAAGUUAUAGUACAAAAAUUGAAAGAUAACAAGCAAAUGGGUCUUCAGCCUUACCCAGAAAUACUUGUGGUUUCUCAAUCUCCAUCUUUAAAUUUAUUUCACAAUAAAAGCCUAUAAGUAACUCUUUUUCAAGAAGAAAAGUCAGUGCAUAAAAGGGUAUUUUAUAUUUCUUUUGCCUUGAUAAUGUUGUUUUUAUGAGAUUCAUAUGAAUAUUAGAAACUUUAAUGAAAUUUCUUCUUCAGAUAAAUAUUAGUCUCCUUCCAAGACAUUAUAGUAUUUUUAAAAUUAAUACAGUAGAAAGUUUGAUUUUUGCUGCAUAGUUCAAUUCUUUUUGUCUCUGGUUAAUUGAUGCUAUUUUUUCAAUGUAAUAAUUAUAUUUUUAUUGUACAAAACAGUGUCUUCAGGUUUCAUGUGUUUCUCAUGGAAACCAUUUUCACAUAUACUUUCUUUGUGGAUUAUUUAUUGUUUAAGAUGCUUGACUUUCUGAAGACUUAAAGAAACUUUUAAAUGUUAUUUAUUGAGUUCUUUAGAAAAUUGUUUCAAAGAUAAGGAAUGCAAAGUGUAUAAAGAAAAAA